AUGGCAUCCAUAUCCAUAGCUCCUCUUCAGACUCUUUUCUCUAAAAAUUUUGCCAGGCAAUACCCAUUGACCUUGAAAGCUUCGCCGUGGGAUGGGAAUCUGAAAAAUAAAGAAAGAAGACACUUGCAAGUGGUUGCCGCCGUUGGUGACGUUUCCGCCGACGGAACUACCUAUCUGAUAGCCGGCGCCGCCGCUGUGGCACUGCUUGGAACGGCUUUCCCUUUACUCUUCUCUCGCAAGGAUACGUGCCCAGAAUGUGAUGGAGCAGGAUUUGUGAGGAAAGCAGGGUCAACCUUGAGAGCAAAUGCAGCCCGGAAAGAUCAGGCACAGAUUGUAUGUGCUCGUUGCAAUGGUCUUGGGAAGCUUAACCAAAUCGACAAAUAG